AUGGAGCCAAGCAGCUGCCCUGGCUCAGGGGCCGACAGUGACAAGCCUGCCCUCGGCAAGCCUUUGGACUCAGGGAUGGACAGUGACAAGCCUGCCCUCGGCAAGCCUUUGGACUCAGGGACCGACAGUGACAAGCCUGCCCUCGGCAAGCCUUUGGACUCAGGGACCGACAGUGACAAGCCUGCCCUCGGCAAGCCUUUGGACUCAGGGACCGACAGUGACAAGCCUGCCCUCGGCAAGCCUUUGGACUCAGGGAUGGACAGUGACAAGCCUGCCCUCGGCAAGCCUUUGGACUCAGGGACCGACAGUGACAAGCCUGCCCUCGGCAAGCCUUUGGACUCAGGGAUGGACAGUGACAAGCCUGCCCUCGGCAAGCCUUUGGACUCAGGGAUGGACAGUGACAAGCCUGCCCUCGGCAAGCCUUUGGACUCAGGGAUGGACAGUGACAAGCCUGCCCUCGGCAAGCCUUUGGACUCAGGGAUGGACAGCCUGAAAGUGAGAGUUGACGGGAGCGUUUUUGUGGUGAACAAAGCCCUACUCGAGCAGCACUGUGAGUACUUCCGAGCCCUCUUCCAGUCGGGAAUGCGGGAAUGCCAACAGGAUGAGGUCCAUCUGCAAGGGCUGAGCGCUCGGGGAUUUGUGUUGGCGCUCCGGGUCCUGGACGGGGAUCGCCCCAUCCUGGGUGGUGACGAAAUCGUGGAAGCCAUAGAGUGUGCCACCUUUCUACAGGUGGAGUCUGUGACAAAGCACCUGACCAAUAUCAUCAACUCAGAGAACUGCUUGUUGAUGUACCACACGGCCGCGACCUACGGUUUAUGGGAUCUGUCCCAUCAAACUGCUUUAUUCAUUAAAGACAUGUACUCGGACCUGAAGGAGGAUGUUGUGCGCACCUUACCAGAAGACCUAGUGGAGUACGUUGAGUCUCUCAUCCCCAGUCGGUACGUCACAGUCUGCAGCCACUCUCCUACCGUCGAGCAGCUCCAGGACUGUCAGAGGACGGUCUGCUACCUGGAUGACGAAGAUAGAGAAUGGAAGGUGCUGAGUCACCUACCCUUAAACACAAGCACCACUAUGGCAGGUGUGACCGUGCUAGACAACAAGCUGUACAUUAUAGGAGGCGUCCACGACGUCAGCAAGAAAGUCGUGGACUCUGGCUUCUGCUACGACCCAGAGAGUGACUCCUGGUCCACUAUUUCGAGUCCCCAGCAGCCACGCUACAACUUUACGUUAGUGGGCCACGAAGGCUGCCUCUACGCCAUCGGUGGGGAGUUCGACCGUAAGUCCAUGGCGUUGGUGGAGAAGUACAGUGUCUCCACGGCCACCUGGCGCUUCGCCGCUAAUCUCCCCUGCAGAGCCGCCAACGUGGCCUCCACCAAAGCCAUGAGCCGCAUCUUCAUCUGCCUCUGGAAACCCAAAGGCGUUACGGAGAUCCACGAGUACGUCCCUGAGAGGGACCAAUGGGUCCUGGUCACCACGCUAGUCUGUGACCAGAGCUAUGGCCACUGCAUGGUGGGCCACAGGGACAAUUUGUAUGUCAUGCGCAACGGGCCCUGCGAAGACUUCCUGAUGUGCGUGAUGGACUGUUACAACCUGACUACGGGUCAGUGGACAGCCUUGCCGGGGCAAUACGCAAACAGUAAAGGAGCCCUGUUCACAUCGGUAAUAAGAGGAGACUCAGUGUUCACCCUCAACCGCAUGAGGACGACGGAGUUCGCUGUGGAGGAGUACAGAUGGAAAAUCAAGAGAGAGACCAAGGGCUUCGGGCGAAUCGGCUCCAUGUACACGUUUCUCAUGAGACUGCCCACGACCAAGACUGUGGGAAACACUGAGGUGUUGACAGACGGGCUGGAGUUUGGGAAUCGGAUCGACUACAGACGCAGAGACUCUCUGCUACAAUGCUUUGACUGA